ACGCCCGACGGUGGUGGCUCACAUGAUCGAAAAACCUCGGUAGUGGUGCAUCCGGACAGCCCGGGACCGACUUAGAAAGAGCUCUGGACUUCCCGGUCCAGAAAGUUGAGUGACUUGAGACUCGCUCUCGCUACUCCUCUAGUAAGAAACUGGAAGGCAACUCAGUUGCUGCCGCAGCUCAGAGUAGGACAGUAGGAACGCCCGCUGCGUUGCUGACUUCGCAGUGAUUGUGUUAUGGAAUUCAGUUAAAAGCGAAAUGGAAGUGUGAGUGCGUUAUACGAAGAGAGAAAAUGUAGUUGAAAGAAACAGACGAUAUAACGGUGCGUAAAACUAUAUUGACGAUUAAUGUGGGAAAAUAUAAAUGAGCUGCAUUGGCAAUGGCUUUCAGAGGUUCUCUUGAAAUUAUCACCAGAAAAUGGAAGCUGAUCUUCGUGAUGUGCGGCUUUGCCACGCUCGUCUACAUUCACAGCAGCGAACACAAGCUCCUAAAGGACUACAGGCGGAACAUGCAGAGGCAAAUUGAACUUUUCAUGGAGAAAGCGCGCCUCCCGAGCGACGUAGACGAUCAGACAAUUCAUAAAUCCCUCGAAAAGAAAGACCCUGCGUUGGUAAACGAGACGUUCUCCAUUCAACAGGAAACGAAACACGAACAUGUCCCUCGGAUUCACCCUGAGACUGAAUUGAUCUUGCCAGUCAGACGCAAGGUCAAGGAAGUUGUGUUUCCGAGUGCUAACAACUGCAGCAAAAAAGAGCAUAAUUUGAUGAUCAAGAACCACAAGGGUCCCACUGUUCCAACGAGGGACAUCUAUCCCUGCAAGAAAUGGAACCGACCUAAUCCUAACGAUCUUCGGUGGCCGGUUGUUAUAAAGCCCACCAAUGGCGAGGUCUUGAACAAAAUCGACUUGAAUAGAGUGAAUACAAAGGUACGAGACCUGGUCGAGGAACAGCUGGAGGUACAGAGGGAGCGUCUGACCAGGAUAAAGGACACCUGUCAGCAGCAUCCUGAACUUUCCAUCCGUCAGCACAUCACGUUCGUUUGGGACACCAAGAGCGAACCUCCGGUCGUCUAUUGUCCUCUGUACAAGGUAGCGUCAACGACUUGGAUGGUGUACUUUCUCAGGUUGGCUCACGUCAAUGACGACAAUCCCGCGUUGGAAGUAUACAAGUUUAGUGGACAAGAGAAGAAGAAAUACAUGCCAAGAUUCGGGGGUGGCCACCAGAGGGUGUUCAAGGAGUUCAAAGCCCCCACGACUUCACUGGAAAGGAGUAAAGUGUUCAAGAAUUCGUUGCGAUUCAUCGUCGUUCGACAUCCAUUCGCAAGGUUACUCUCCGCAUACCGGGACAAAAUCGAGCGCCCUAAACCGAGACCCUUCACCCCGUAUUUCAAGGACCUUCAGAAGGCCAUCAUUAUGAAGUACAGGCCUGAGGAGAGCAACAACACUUCUCCCACGCCCACUUUCUCUGAAUUUGUCGACUACAUCAUCGACUCGACGGAGCAACUGAAAACAGCCAAAGAUUGGGAGGAAAAUGUCGUCUGCUGGUCCCCAUUUUGGUCGCAGUGUGGGGUCUGCUCAACGGAUUACCAAGUCGUCAUCAAGCUUGAGACAAUGGACGACGACGAACAAUUCCUUGCACACAUGGCGAACCUCAAGGAGAUCCAGAACGUUCACGAGUGGCGAAAUCUGAAGCGGACUUCUGUGUCCUCUUCUGUCCUCCUGCCCAAGUACUACGGAAGCCUCACCAAAGAGCAGAUUUACAAACUUUAUGAACGAUAUAAAAUAGACUUUGACCUGUUUGGGUACACAAUAGAUGAUUAUUUAUAGCUUAACUUAAAAUUAAGUGUGGCUCUUACUGGUGUUGCUAGCCUAUAUAGUGAAUGACUGAAAGAAACUAGGUUAAACAAACAGAAAAUAAAGAUUUGACAACGUUAUACGCCUGUGAUAAGCAUAGCAUCAUUACAAUGUUUAGAUGAAUGUGAAAAAAUAAAACCGAGACAUAGGA